CCUCAAUGCUUUCCUCUUUCUAUUUAUAUAUUUUUCAGGAUCUCCAAUUGAAGAAGAUGGUCAUAAGGAAGUAAAAGGAACAAAAUGGAGAGGAGGAAAGGGAAAACAAAGACAUAAAUUUUCUAAGGAUGAAUUGUACACUCUCAAUCGGACAUUUGAAGAGACUCCUUACCCUGACUUUACCACUCGAAAAGAACUGGCCAGACAACUACAUUGUCAAGUAUAUGUAAUUGAUAACUGGUUCCAGAACAAAAGAGCCCGACUGCCUCCCAGAGAAAGACACAGAAUGUUUACUGUUUGGAAACGACAUGAGUUCCCUGUCCAAGGUCAUUCAUUUUUAAGCCUUCAGGAUACUCAGGCAGAAUCUCCCAGCUACACCACAGAGCAGAAUUUCUCUUCUACCGAGGAGGCUCUACUGGGUAGAGCUGGCUAUUCUUCUCUAGAGACACAGGAAGUUCCCAGUCAACAGGAUGGCUCAGGUGACACUGUGAUCCCAGGCAUUAGAAAGGAACCAAGCUGUGCUUUGGAGUACCAAGGUGACACGGGAAGUAAACUUUGUCCUGCCUAUCCAUUUUCCAGCUACAAAUCAGCACUCUUUCUUCAGCCUCCUCCAUCUUCUGUGCAGUAUUUUGAGAGAGAUGAGCCUGGGAGAGAAGAAAGCCAGCACGCAAGGCCCUUCAUUCUGCACCAUGUUUCUAGUGUGCAGGGAGAGAGGCAGCAGCAGCAGGAGAAGGCCCAUUGUCAUUACUCACUAUUUCAAGGCCUGCAGCAGAAUGGUUGCCGAUGUCAUGUACAGCAGCCUCAACAGCCUCAGGAUUAUCAAGAGAAUCUGCUGUUCCAGGAUCAGUAUCUAAUGCACCUGAAUUGUGGGGAUUUAGGGCAGCAGGUGUCCUCCCUUUGGUCACAAGAGCAGAGUGGGUGUUCUCAAACUAAUGGACAGCCCCUAUGUUCUCAGCUGCAGCACGCACCUCUGCACCUCAAGUCUCUGCCAAUGCCUCUUGGGCAAGGUAUGCAUCAAGGAGCUGCAGAGCAACCCAAUUCUGAAACGCAGCAUCUUUGGGAUGAGAGGUCUGCAAAGGUCCACUGCUGGGAUCAAGAAUAUGGCUCCAGGAAAUAACAGCCAUAGGUCAUUCCAUGGUCAUCCACACAGCAGCCCAAGGCAAAGGCCUCUCCAGAGCCUGAACAGAAAUGCUGUCUUGAGGAAAGCUCCACGAGCUGUUGAUCCCUUCUGGUCAGGCAGCAGUGUCCACCAGUGUCACACUCCCUGACCAUGCAGUUUAUAGUGCUCUGGAGAAAGCUGGGCUAGAGGACGGAGCACAAAACCAACAAACACAAAUGCAGCAAGACAACCAUCGUACAACAGCAGUUGCCAAAUCCAAAGCAAUUUGUGCUUCAGAAGAGAGAGGCUUUUGCAUAGCACCUGCCCCAGAUAUUGUCUCUCCCUCAGAGGGGAGAUAGCCAACAGGAAGUACAAGAAUAUGAAAGACCCCACUGCAGCAGCCUUUGGAUGAGAGGCCUACAAGGCUGCUGCUGUAAAGCUCCUACUCCAUGGAGCCAGGGCAGCAGCCAUAUGUCCUCCCACAGCAGCCUCACUGAAGCCCUACCAUGAAGGACAUGGAAAAG